GCCGGGGCAGCGAGGCCCGGGAGGAGGCCAUGCACCCAGGCGCGCCAGGAUCAGGCCUCAGGGGCCUGAAAGGAGCUGAGGGCUCUCCUCAGGACUUGGGGAGCUCUUGCCUGGAAGCCGGGAGGGAUCUUGAGGUGCUGAGGGAGAACGGCAGCUCCCGAGGCCUGGGCGAGGUGGAAGAGGUGGCCGGGAGUAGAAAGCGCAGCCGGCCCGUGCGGUCCAAGGCGCGGCGCAUGGCCGCCAACGUGCGCGAGCGCAGGCGCAUCCUGGACUACAACGAGGCCUUCAACGCGCUGCGCCGCGCGCUGCGGCACGACCUGGGCGGCAAGAGGCUCUCCAAGAUCGCCACGCUGCGCAGGGCCAUCCACCGCAUCGCGGCGCUCUCCCUCGUGCUGCGCGCCAGCCCCGCGCCCCGCUGGUCCUGCGGGCACCAGGAGUGCCACGGGCAGGCCGCGCGCGCCGGGGACGCGGGGGACCUGCGCUCCAGCCCACCGGCGCCGCCACCGCCCGCCCGGCCCUUCGCGCCGCGCUGCGCCUCGUGCCACCCCCACACGCCCCUGGGACGGCCCAGGGCGGUGGCCGAGGCGCUGCCGGGCUGGGCCCAGGCCUCCCCCGGAAGCUGGCGCCGAAGUCUCGGGGCUCCUUCGGCCUGGCCUCGGGGCCUCCUGCGAGCGGGCCCUGGGCUGGGCCACCCACACUCCUGA